AUGUUGAAUUUUUGUUGGCAUCUUAACCGGUACACCACAGUGACGCUCAAUGGCAUUAACAAUGUUUUCAACACAGUAACAUUGAACAACACCAACAUAUCUGACAACAACAUCAACAAAUCUGGCAACAACAUCAAUAAGUCUGGCAGCAACACCAACAUAUCUGACAACAACACCAACAUAUCUGGCAACAACACCAACAUAUUUGACAAGAACACCAACAAAUUUGGCAACAACAUCAACAUAUCUGACAGCAACAUCAACAUAUCUGACAGCAUCAAAAUUAGACCCCUCACUUCGGCCAAUAACCACUUUCAUAUUGAUAAUUGCCGCGAAGUUUUUUCUUUCAUCACCGCCCAAAAUAGCAUCUAUUCUAUUUUUAGUUUACUUGUCAACGCUUUUUACAACAUCAGCCGCUACAAUUACGUCAGCCGCAACAACCACACCAGCCGCGACAACCACACCAGCCGAAGCAACCACACCAGCCGCCGCAACCACACCAGCCGCAGCAACCACACCAGCCGCAGCAACCACACCAGCCGCAGCAACCACACCAGCCGCAGCAACCACACCAGCCGCAGCAACCACACCAGCCGCAACAACACCAGCCACAACAACCACACCAACAGCAACAGCAGUAAUAUCCACAAACACGACAAACGCAAAAACUACAUCUGCGACAUUAAUAUCAACAACAGCCACAGCAGCCACAACAACCACAACUACAUCGGCGUCAACUUCGACAACCUUUCUAUCAACAACAUCGACUUCAACGGCCACAUCAACUUCAACGGCCACAUCAACUUUAGCUGCCACAUCAACUACAGCGGCUACAUCCACUUUAUCAACUACCUCAAAAGCAACACCAUACACAACGACAACGAUACCAACAUCUACAACAACAACAACAACAACAAAAACAUCUGCAACAACAAAAUUAGUUGGAAAGAUUCUAUUUACAUCGCAAAUUACAUCACAACUGAUAGAAUUAUCCGCAGCAACUUUAGUUGGGAGAACAAAGUUAGCAACAACAACAUCAACAACAACAAAUACUAUCACAUCAAUAAUUACAUCAACGAAAACAUCAACAAAAGUUACACCAUCAACAAAUACAUCAACAAAAGUUACACCAUCAACAAAAACAUCAACAACAGCAACAAAAAGGUUGGCAGCAACAACACUAGCAACAACAACAAACACAACAUUCCCAAAUACAUCAACAACUUCAACAACAACAGCAACAACAACAACUUCAUCAAUAACAUCAUUAACAACUUCAUCCGCAGCAGCAACAACAUCAUCAUCAUCAUCAACAACAACAUCAACAUCAACAACAGCAACAACACUAGAAAUAAAUUGUCCAAUAUACAGUUACACAAAACAUGCCAAUCAAAGUUUGAUGGUAUUCUGGCCAACAACAACAACAUAAGCAACAGCAACAUCAACAACAGCAACAUCAACAACAUCAACAACAACAAAAUCAACAACAACAAUAACAACAGCCAAUCAAAAUUUGUCAGCUCUCAUGCUGUUGACAACAACAACAACAACAACAACAUUGUUGGAGUUGAUAACUAUGACAUGCUUGAACCCCAAAGUUCGACCACUAAUCUCACAAUUCUACCCCUUGGUGUACUCUUAAUGUUCACAAUUGUCGUCAUUCUACAGAUAUGCAGGUGGGGUCUGGAGGACGUGAGGGAGUCGGAUGGUGCCCACAGGAACCACGAUUACUACCUGUCCCUUCUGGGAGGAAGGGAUUAUUACGCCAGCAAACUCAUCCACAUCCACAACUACAACAACUACGACAAAUACUCGACGACAGCAGCCGCGUCGACCACUCAUUUCUAUGGAAAUAUCUACGAGGAGACGCCGUGGAACGCUAAUGCGAACUGCGGUCAGAGUAGUAGAGACCAACAUCGCCAUCAUCAUAACGUCAACAGUAAAUCCAAAAGUAAGAAAUACAACCCUGCAAGGCACUUCAUGAGGGGACAUUCCACCCCAAACGAAGGAUUGGCAUUUGGGUGUCGAGGGGUUGUGGACCUCAUGGUGAAAUCGUCUGCAGGGAUGGUUAGGAGUCACAGACUGGCUGCCUCAGCUAUUGAUGACUUCUCGUUAAACUGCGUUAGCCACUCAAAGUUGAAUACUCCCAGGUCAGGUGUGUCCCACGUGGGCUCGCUACAAGCCCUGGCCACCAGCCACUAUCAGAACAUUCUUCAGAACCGACUUCAGAUGCAAUCCUCAAAUAAGAAGAUGAGAAAGUUGUCGUCGCUGAACGAUAGCAACAGCGAUGUCGGCGGACAUGAUGGUCAGAAAAAAAAUACCUCCGGAAGAAAAAGCGAUCAUUCGACUAGGUCAUUAAAUCAGUUUAAAUCUGAACCCAGGUUGGUUUCCAAUCUUCACGCCUCUAGAAUUUCUACGCUUAAAAAGGGAUCUAGUACAGAGUCAACAUCUAAUUCUAGUUUGACAUCUCUGACGAAGCAACAACAGCAGAAACGUCAACAGAAACGUUGGCAGCAGCAGAUAGCUCAGCGACAUCAGCAGCAACAGCGUCUCAUUCACAACGAACUCAUGCAAAGCUACCACGGUCAGACUCUGGAAAGUCUCUUAUUGAUGCCUGGCCGAAUUCUCGUGGCUCCCGUUUUGAAUCCAACCUCACCAACCGUCACAGAGUCAACCAUCUUGUCCUCUGCCAAUUCAACUCUGUCAGGUGGUGGAGGAACUGGUGUCCAGGAUGUCGUACUCCUCGAAAGAGGUAGGACCAGACACCACUCCUCGCCAAUUACCGGAGCUGAGAUCCAAGUGAGGAACCCGAAACUUCAUGCGAAAGAGAAAACAUCUAAAAAUCAACAGCAAGUUCAUUUGAGCAAUAAGAAACCAGCCAAGCCGACUCAGCAACAGAAAGUUGAAAUGAACCGAUUGAACCCGGUUGAAAGGAAUGCCUCGGCAAACAUUCGAGAUUUCAAUCGCAAGAGAAAUAGAAAACUUCAAAAACACAAAAGUUUUGACGAAGCAGAUGAUGCAGAGAAUGAUUAUGAACAAUUAAACGUGCGUUAUCGUGGGCACGAAACCCCCUGCAAACAAAACUCCGACCGAGAAUCUGGCAGAGCAGCGAUUCACCGACACAGAACGAGUCGAACCGUUGAAACGGGUGACAGCCCAGCGGCCUCUCCAACUAAGCAGAACUCUAGACGCUGCGUUGAGAUGUACAACAGAAAGCAUCUGGCCAUGUUGAAGACAUCAGAAACAGCCCUGCAACUGACAUCCUCCCCUGAAUACGACGACCGACCGACAGUCGAAGUUCAUGUCGCAAUUCACCCUGCAACACAAACUUGUAAAAUUAAUGACGGAAAUAGAAAGAUGUUUAAUCUAUCCACUUCUGUAGAUUCAGCAUCAACCGACGCUAUUCAGGAUUCAAAAAAUGACAAGGAGGAUGAUGACCAGCACAGCAUCAACAACAUCAACAACAACAACAUCAACAUCAACAACAACGACCACAAAUCGAUCGUCCUCACCAGCGAUGCAGACGACAACAAAAACACUAACCUCCAGCCUGCUAACGCACUCAAACUUCCUCCUUUUGAUUUAAAUGACACUGGAAAUGGUUUGACAACCGUCAGGGCAGCCAUGAGGAAAAGAUCGUUCACCAUCGCUACAGAUGAAUUCAUGUGA